GUGGUGGUGUGGAAGAAGCAAGUGUUUCCUCUGGGCUUGCUUGCUGCUAGGUUUAGCAGCAAUAUUCUGCCCAUAUAUCUUUUUAAGUUUGACGCCUAACUAACAGGCGUUCAAUUAUCUCGCGUAAAGAUCAAUUUCCCGCAUGUUAAUAUUGCAAACUAGCUCGCGGGGUGAACGUAACCUUAUCUGAAAAGCAUCUUUGAACAUAAUUGGAACACGAAAUUACGAUGCCAUCCCCGAUGGAGGGAUCUUCCAGAGAAGGUGACCUCUUUACUGUGAAACAUGAGCUGAAAAAUGCCAACCUGACGGGCCAUGUAGAGAGGGUAGGCAUUGAAAACUUUGAGCUAUUAAAGGUGCUGGGCACAGGAGCGUACGGCAAGGUGUUCCUGGUGAGAAAAGUGAGUGGCCAUGAUACAGGGAAGCUGUAUGCCAUGAAGGUUUUGAAGAAGGCCACCAUUGUACAAAAGGCAAAGACUGCCGAACACACACGGACGGAGCGGCAAGUGCUGGAGCACAUCCGCCAGUCUCCAUUCCUCGUCACACUUCACUAUGCCUUCCAGACGGAUACUAAGCUGCACCUCAUUCUCGAUUAUGUAAAUGGUGGGGAGCUCUUCACACAUUUGGUGCAAAGGGUGCGAUUUAAAGAGCAAGAAGUAGCCUUGUACAGUGGAGAGAUUGCGUUGGCACUAGAACAUCUACACAAGCUUGGGAUUGUCUACAGGGACCUGAAACUUGAGAAUAUUCUGCUGGAUUCAAGUGGUCAUAUAGUUCUCACAGACUUUGGCCUCAGUAAAGAAUUCGAUCAGGUGGAAAGGGCGUUUUCUGUCUGUGGCACCAUUGAAUAUAUGGCUCCAGAAAUCGUGGAAGGAGGAGAGUCUGGACAUGACAAGGCGGUGGACUGGUGGAGCCUUGGCGUGUUGAUGUACGAGCUUUUGACUGGCGGAUCACCCUUCACCGUCGAUGGAGAUGAGAACUCGCACACAGACAUUGCCAAGAGGAUUUCAAAAAAGGAUCCUCCUUUCCCCAAAGACAUGGGACCUCUGGCCAAAGACCUCAUCCAGCGACUCCUCAUCAAAGAUCCAAAGAAGAGAUUGGGCUCAGGUCCUAACGGAGCAGAGAAUGUAAAAAAACACCCAUUUUACCAGAAAAUAAACUGGGAGGACUUGGCAGCUAAGAAGGUGCAUGCCCCGUUCAAGCCAGUGAUUCGGGACGAGCUGGACGUCAGCAACUUUGCAGAGGAGUUCACAGAGAUGGAUCCCACAUACUCCCCCGCAGCACUGCCUCAGAACUGUGACCGCAUCUUCCAGGGCUACUCUUUCAUGGCCCCCUCCAUCCUGUUCAAGAGGAAUGUGGUGAUGGACGACCCUGUCCAGCUGUGUGGGGGAUCUGAGAGGCCAGGCUCUGCUGCGGUGGCCCGCAGCGCCAUGAUGAAGGACUCACCUUUCUACACGAGUUACGAGAUGGACCUGAAGGACAGUGCUUUAGGAGAGGGAAGCUUCUCCAUCUGCAGACGGUGCACACACAAGAAGACCGGACAGAAAUACGCAGUCAAGAUUGUCAGCAAGAGAAUGGAGGCACAGACUCAGCGUGAAAUAGCAGCCCUGAAGCUCUGCGAUGGCCACCCUAACAUUGUCAAGUUACAUGAAAUUUACCACGACCAGCUCCACACGUACCUGGUUCUGGAGCUGCUCGGUGGAGGCGAGCUGCUAGAGAGGAUCCGCAGAAAGCAGCAUUUCAGCGAAACAGAGGCCAGCCGCAUCAUGCGAAAACUGGUGUCAGCUGUCAGCCACAUGCACGACGUAGGAGUGGUGCACAGGGACCUUAAACCGGAGAACCUGCUCUUCACAGACGAGAGUGAGAACUCCGAGAUAAAAAUCAUAGACUUUGGCUUUGCUCGCCUCAAACCACCAGACAAUCAGCUCCUGAAGACUCCCUGCUUCACCCUGCAGUACGCUGCGCCAGAGAUACUCAAGUACGACGGCUACGACGAGUCCUGUGACCUGUGGAGUCUGGGGGUCAUUCUGUACACCAUGCUGUCUGGCCAGGUGCCUUUCCAGUGUCAGGAGAAGAGCCUGACCCACACCAGUGCUGAGGAGAUAAUGAAGAAAAUCAAACAGGGAGACUUCUCUUUUGAAGGCGAGGCCUGGAGGAAUGUGUCCCAGCAGGCCAAGGACCUGAUACAAGAGCUGCUGACGGUCGACCCAAACAAGAGGAUUAAGAUGUGCGGCCUGCGUUACAAUGCCUGGCUUCAGGACGACAGCCAGCUGUCCUCAAACCCGCUCAUGACCCCGGACAUUCUCGGCUCCUCCACUGCGUCUGUCCACACUUACGUCAAAGCUACUUUUAAUGCAUUUAACAAAUGUAAGCGGGAAGGUUUCCGCCUGCAGACGGUGGACAAAGCCCCACUAGCCAAGAGGAGGAAGAUGAAAAAGACAAGUACCAGCACAGAGACCCGCAGCAGUUCCAGUGAGAGCACCCAUUCCUCUUCCUCCUCCUCCCAGUCUCAGGAGAAGAAUUUUCCAGAGGGCCACAUCAAGCCGCAGCCCUCUAACAGCACGCCUCUCACCACGCCCAUCAACACACCCGGGGCCCUGGGAACGGACUCUGAGCACCAACCAGCGCAUCCAGCCUUUCAUUUCUCAGACGGACAGUGAGACAGCGAGAGGAAAAAGGGAGAUUCAGACAGUUUUGUGACCCGCAGGAUGGCUCGGACCAGCGUAGAGACAGCUCUCUUCUUUUUCUCUCUGUCCCUGGCAGCUCUCUGCUUCUGGCUCAAUUGCAUGGACGUCCGCACGUCUCCAAAAACCAAGCAUGCAGCAGGAGCAGCAACCGUCACCUCAAUAUCAAUCAAUCAAUCAUCACUAGCAAUACCCUAUCCCUUUUCCUUCUCUGUCACUUUCACAUACCACACAGACUGUGUCAAUCAGGGACUGGACCAGGAAGAAGCUGUCACCAGUGUCCAAAAUGAAAAGGGCUGCCCUACUGCCCCAGGUCCAGACAGACAAUGGAGAGUCAUCUUCAGUGUCGUCAUAAGAUGGCCACUCUCUCUGUCCACUCCAUUUACCUGUCUUUGUCCAUGCCUCCAGAGGUUUUAAAGGGAAAGUCAUAGUGUUUACAUCAUGGAUGCUUUGUAUUUUUGUGUCAAAGGGAGAGAAGAAGCGUAACGUAACGUGGGUCCACUUCUCUUCUCUGGGAAGUCUCUGCAAGAUGGAGCAGGUUAUUUAUAUGUGAAUUUUACAGACUGAGAUUUAUUUAUGAUAAGCUAUAUUGUUAACUUAUUUAUGGUUCAGACUGAUCUGAGAGGAAAUAAUGGAUACAGUAAGUCUUUUAAAAAAAGACAUUUUGUGUACGUGUGUAUGUUUUUCCCUAUCAGCUCAAAAGACUGUUUUCAUGUCGUCAGAUGGUUGUUUAUUCAUCUUUGUAAUCAUCAUAGUAGGUUAUUGAGACACAGUUAUAUAAACAUUGUAAGACUAUUAUAGGCAAGAAGAGAUUAACACCAUUAGCUGCCGGUUGAUGGUUGUCAAAGUUACAUAACCAAAGUCCCUUUGGACUUGGAAAAGAUAUUUAUUGAGGCGGGUGAAUUUUGAGAUUGAACUGCAGCUGUGUCCAGUGGUCAAAAAAAGGUACUAUCCUUGUUUAUAAGGAUAAAAGAAGCAAAUGUGUAAACAUCUUUUUAUAGGAACAACCAAAUGUGGAUGUCGUAUGUUCAGCCAAAUCUGUGGUUUUAUUGUUGUAUGGGGAGUACUGCUGCCCGAGGGGACGUGACCCUACAAGAAGAGCUAUAUUUAGACGCAUUUUUUGCCUCUGAUGUGGGAGCAUGACUACUUCAAGGCUCAGCAUCGCUGCUGUUCCACAUGGUCUGAUCCUUCAAGCCAGUAUUAAGCCCAGCAGCGGAUUUGCCUUGUGUGGUAGUGGACUUAAUUGUCUCAUUAUCACCACAACCAAUUGGAUUGAGCCAAUCGCCCCAAACGUAAAGUUCCAAUCAGCUUAGAGCGACGUGAAUUCGUCGAGGAAUUGGAGGUUGAGUUUUCUGAGAUGCAAGAUGCCAAAGGGCAGCUCAGUCCUUUUCAGAUGACUAAAUUUGAAAAUGGAAACAUUUACGUGCCAAAAAAAUGCAAUUAAAUCAGGUAACAGACAGGUUUGAGUCUGAGUUGGGGGGCGGUGAUACAUUCGGACAUUUUAGUUUCCUUUGUGUCGCCACCCAAAGAUUUAAAACUACUGCAAAAUAUCUUCCCUUUACGAGAACAUCAAGUCCCUGAGGACAGACCUCAAACCAACACUCCUUUUAUUUUUGACACCAUCUCUUGCUCUAUUUACCAUGUUGUACUGCAUGACUGAAAUGGUGAUCUUUGCGCUGUGUGACAGCUCUCUCACUUUGAGGCAGAUAUCUGGUUAGUAUUAAGUCCCCAGUGCAUGGUGUAAACUCAUACAUCACCCUCUUGUUUUCUUUGUUUGUUUUUUGGCACUUGAUUUAAUGUGAGUUUGUUUACUUGCACAUUUGAAUAUCCUCGAUUUAAUUCGAGACUUUGAAGUUUUACUGUUUGUGGUGUUUGGACGUAAACACCAAAAACCCCUUUUUACAAUAGCCUGAAUAUUGUAAUGUCCCGAUGUUACAAUAACUGGUGUUAGCCAGGAUAGUUAGGCAAGUCAGUGCCGUGCUCUGUUAAUUGUUUUUUGCAAGCAUGUGUUAGUCUGUUUCCAUGGUAAUAGUUGAAAUACUGUAUUCUGUUGAUAUGUACAGGGGUAUUUGUGUUCAGUGUGUGAAGCUGCUCUGAAGCAGUUUCUCCUGCUCAGUCAGGAUACAAAUUCUUAGUUGGACGACUGUGUGCAUUUAAACACACUCCCUCAUCUUCUUCCAUUUUAAUGCACUCUGAAUCAGAACCAAAGCAUUAACUUCAAGGUAGCUGCUCUAAGCUGCAUGAGAUCUUUCCUUUCAUGCAAAUAUGCAAAGAAAUGCUUCAUAUAUAUCACGGUUUCUCUUUGUUUUGUCCAACUGGUGAAAUAUGUUCGAUGUUUCUAGCUCAUUUUGUAACUGUGUUUCUUCGGAUUCUUUAUGGGAUCUAUAAUAUCCAUAUCCAGCCCAUUAUCAUGCUUAAAACUAUGCAUCUCUUUUUCGCUGUUGUGUCACUUUUGCCAUUUCGAAAAAAGGCCUCGCCAAAUGGGUCCACACAUCAUGCUUAAAAGGGUGUAACGUAAUGUACAUAUACUGUACUUUUACCCUCAUAGCAUCAGGCACAAUAGGAAUAGCGAAGUAGAAUCCAUCGCCCGUAUGAAAAGCUGGAAUCCUUGGAGCUGAACACUACAAAGCUCUUGUCUAACUUAGUUCGCAUGAGUUCCCCGUUGCUGCCUCAUUAAGCCUCUUUUCUUUUGUUUGGGUGUAUUAAUAGCUCAAGUGGAGGAAGAGGAAAAGUGCCCUAUAUUGAGCUCCCCUCUGGGAGCCAGGCUCUAUUAGCUGAUGUGCUGCAGUGCUGUUUGUUCCAAAGAAAAUACCGUACUCCACACACUGCCUCUGUGGGACCCAGCUCACUUUUCUUUGUAAGGAAAAUAACAGUGUAUCACAGGAAAGGGUUGGUUUAGUACCAGCGUCUCUCGGGGGCAGAUUUUUAAAACUAGGUUUCCACCCUUUGAUGAAUAACUUGUUCAGUGUGCCACUAUGAGGAAGAGACGAGGACGGGAGGGAGGCCAGUUUUGAUUUGACGUCCUUUUGUCUUUGAUAUAUUUUUGUUCGUUGGUUCCCUGGAAUCUGAAUCAGAAUUCCUUUUCUGUGUAGCUUCUCCCUGAGUUAAGGUUGAAAACAACCCGCUUCAUAAGCUAGAACUUUGUACCUUUUUGCAACGUUUAAUGAGAGGGCUGGUAGUUUGAACUGGUUUGUAUAAACCAGUGACUGCUGUUGUACAUUUUAGAGUCAAAGGAUUGGACUGUGGAUGUUCCUGUGUGCUCCUGUCAGUGAAGUCAUGUGUGUGCUUUAAAGACACAUGUGGGUGCCAAAGCUGAAAGUGACAUCUUGCACUGAAUGCACGGCUUCUCAUGCAGGUGCUUGCGUGCAUGUGUUGUCUCUGGAAGUGAUGUUUUAUAAGAUAGUGCAGCUUUUAUUUGGGUCGGAGUAUGGAGCUGUCCCAGGUGCUGAGGUGACCAAACCUUUGGUGGUGCUGCAAAAACAAGAAGCUUUCCACAGUGACCCAUGAUAUUGUGAUCCUGUAAAGCAGUGAUUCCCAACCAGGAGUAUUCAUACCGCAAGGGUUACUUGUGCAGUUGGCACUUGGCAGGUGGUACCUAGAUGAUUUUAAGAAGUAGAACUUUUUGCUAAAGAGGAAAACGAUUACACAAAUAUGAUUAAAAUUGGAUUGAGGCUGAUCUUAAAGGGGAACCCCACCGAUUUUAUGCAAAGUCUAUUAAAAAUAAAGUUAAAAGUUACACAAAUCCUUUUAUGGCAAAAUCUGACACAGUACUUCAAGUGAUGUCACCUCAGCACAUCAGCGUCGGUUGGGGCUGAAGACUUCAAGUGUGAGAAAGAAAACAAUCUGGUGGUGUGGAAUCAGAAAGAGGAGUGUUUACCAGACCAGAAACGAUAUUCAGUUUUGUAUAACUAAAGGGAUAAGUAUUAAUUUUGUAGUGGGGCUGUAUGAGGUAUCCAUAGUCAGUGUAUUACUUACAGUAGAUGGCAGUCAGCACG